AUGACAAGCACCUUCGAGCCCAUGGAGAGCCUGCUGGGGUCCCUGCAGGUGCAGCGGCCCAGCAGGGCCCGAGGCCGGCAGGGGAAGGUGCCCAUGCUCCCCAUCCUGCUCAUGACUGGCGCGAUUGUCGGCUGCAUGUUCCUCCUGGCCAGCCUUUUGAAUGUUGGGCCUGUACCGGACACCAACUUCUUCGUGCAACAAUCUGACGGACAGAGACGCGUGCUGAACCAGCGUCAAGACCUGCAUGUUCCUCUUGCAAGCCACCCACUACAACACCUGGUGGGCGAGCACCUCACGGGCUCGGCAGAUGGCGCCAAGCCAGUGGUGGUCUCCCCACCUGACGAGGUCAUCUCCGGGCAGGGCCCCUCGCUGGACCAGGCGACCCUGGCGGGCGGCUGGAUGCUGACCCCAGAGAUCUUCCACAGGGCGGCGAGCCACCCCAACGCGGUGGUGGUGAGCAAGGAGAAGCCGUACAUCGUCCAGUACAAGGGCUUUCUGAGCCAGGCCGAGAUCGACCACCUGUUGGAGCUGUCAGGGGAUGGCUUCGUGCGCUCCGGCGUCGUGUCUGAUGAGAGCGUGAACGACCGGCGGACCAGCUAUGGCGUGUGGCUCAGCGGCGCGCGCCGGGACAAGACCGUGCUGGACCUGCAGCACCGGCUGCACUCCUGGAUCGGCAUCCCUGAGGAGUUUGGGGAGUCGCUCUACAUGCUGCGAUACGAGCAGGGCCAAAAAUACGACGCCCACACCGACAACUGCCGGCACCGUCCCAGCGGGGAGGAGCUCCCCCCCGCCUGCCAGUCAUUCCUGAAGCGCGCGGGGGGGCCUGCGUACGGCCCCGGCGCGGGCGGCGUGUCGGGCGGCGACCGGCUGGCCACCUUCAUCAUGUAUGUGCAUGCCCCCGACGAGGGCGGCGAGACAGUGUUCCCCAAGGCGCGGACCCCGCCCGCCGCCGCCGGCGAGGCGCGGGCCUUGGAGAGCGUGGACGCCGAGGCCGACGACCCCUGCUUCCGCAGCGACACGCUGCGCCUCUCGCCGGCCGCCGGCGACGCCGUGCUCUUCUGGUGA